CUCAGUCGUUUCUGCUGGUCCCACAGUUUGCUGAGUCAGCCUUGACUUCAGGAGUUGUCCAGGAGAAGCUGAGCUGAUCUCCACGCUGUCUUCUGAAGGACCUGGAGGACCUGGAGGACCUGGAGGAGCAUCAGCAGCAGCAGCAGGAGGUCACUGAGAAGAAGAAAAGCUGUCCACAGAGAGUGGAGACGAUGCAGCGGAGACGUGUCUUCAGUCAGAGAGCAGCAGCAGUGACUCUGUGUGUCCUGCUGUUCAUGGCGACUCAGCAGGUGUGUGCAGCUCCGCCCCCUCAGGUGAGGUCCAGCUCGGUCCACAGUCCAGACGCACACGGUGUCCCCGCGGUGAGGAGAGUGGCUCGCAUGACUCCGCUGUGGAGAAUCAUGAACAGUAAACCGUUCGGAGCUUAUUGUCAAAACAACUACGAGUGUUCUACAGGAAUCUGCAGAGGUGGACACUGCUCCAACAGCCCGCGCUCGCUGUCUGAAAUCAUCAACGACUGAACGGACGCCGGCGCGGACCACGAGCGAGUUCGCUAACGGACAACGAGAAAAACAUCAACAGGAAGUGCACGGACGUAGAAACUCUCCACCAGAUUAUGAUAAUCUGGUGGAGAGUUUCUACACAGUGCUGCCC